GUCUAUCCGCCACAGAGGCGAGUGGCUCACACCCAACGAGUUCCAAUUCGUCAGCGGCCGCGAGACGGCCAAGGACUGGAAGCGCAGCAUCCGCCACAAAGGGAAAAGCCUGAAGACGCUUAUGUCCAAGGGGAUCCUGCAAGUGCACCCCCCGAUCUGCGAUUGUCCAGGCUGUAGAAUAUCUUCGCCCGUGAACCGUGGACGACUGGCUGACAAGAGAACAGUCACUUUGCCCCCUACACAUGCCCUAAAGAAAGAAAGAACACCCAGUUUCUCAGCCAGUGAUGGUGAUAGUGAUGGAAGUGGCCCAGCCUGUGGGCAGCAGCUGAGCCUGAAGCAAGAGGAUGAUCCAUAUAUCCAUAUCAUGAAGAGAAGAGUCCACACCCACUGGGAUGUGAAUAUUUCCUUCAGAGAAACAUCCUGCAGCCAGGACAACAACCUCCCCACCCUUAUAUCCAGUGUACAUCGAAGCCGAUGCCUCGUUAUGCCUGAGCAUCCAAGACACUGUGACUUCCAGAGAGGCAACGUGGAAAUUGGCCUUGGACCUGGAGGUGACCUAUUGGGCAAGAGGCUGAGCUGCCCCUACAUUACCAGUGACUGUUCUUCAGAGAAGAAGGCCCGAAACAAGGCCCCCCAAGAGACGUUGCUGCUUCCAGACCUGGAGUCUACAAUGGCCCCUGAGGACCACUACCAUCAGCUCAUGUCAGCUCUGAAUGAGGCUGGUCCCUUUGAGGAAACCCAACGACUCUACCACUUGGGUAUCCCCAGCCACGAUCUGUUAAGGGUACGGCAGGAAAUGGCAACUGCAACACUGAGGGGUCCCAGUAGCUUGGAAGUACACCUGCCCUCAUCUACAGCAGGCCAUCGACGGAAGCAAGGCCUAGUUCAGCACCGGGAGGGAACAGUUCCAGCUGCUACCACAUCCUUCUCUGAAAGGGAGCUGUCACAGCCACCCCCUUUGCUGUCACCCCAGAACGCCCCCCACAUCACAAUGGGCUCCCAUCUCCGGCCUCCUUUUUUGGGGAUGCCCACAGCUCUGUGUCAGACCCCAGGUUACAGCUUCCUACCCUCUGCCCAGGCUGAGAUGCUAGCUCGGCAGCAGGAGCUUCUACGGAAGCAGAGCUUGGCUCGGCUGGAGAUGUCUGAGUUGCUUAGGCAGAAAGAACUGGGCAGUGCUCACCGGCCACAGCUACUGGCGUCAGAGGUGGCCUUGCAUCUCCCUGAGGGUCCUGACGAACUCCAGCGACGUGGCUCCAUGCUGGUUUUGAAACACAGCUCAGCACCACUACUGGCCCUGCCACCCCAGGGACCCCCAGGCCCAGGACCCCCUAUCCCAGCCAAGGAAUCUGCCCGAAGCCGGUCCCAAAAGGGGAGUCUUGGUGCUGCCUCAGCCCAGCCCAGCGAACCUAAGGAGACAACAGGGGCUGGCCUCUGGGCUCAAGAUGUCUCUGAGGAGCCAUCCAAGGACUCAGAUGGAGAGGACCCUGAGAUAGCAGCUGCCAGGGAAGGGGCCUCUACUCCCAGCCAAGUCCCAACAGGAGGGACCAGAGCAGAAGGAAAGGGGCCUCGAUCAGAGUCCACACUGCCCCCUCCACUGCCCCUGGGAUUCCCCUGUGGAGCAGUCAGCCCCUACUUCCACACAGGUACCAUGGGGGGGCUCUUCACUGAUGAGGAGACCACAGUCCCUGAGGAUGUCAACAAGUGGACUGUAGAUGAUGUCUGCAACUUCGUGGGGGGCCUUUCUGGCUGUAGCGAGUAUGCCAGGGUAUUCAGAGAACAAGGAAUAGAUGGAGAAACUUUGCCUCUACUGACAGAAGAGCACCUUCUGAACACCAUGGGACUGAAGCUAGGGCCUGCCCUCAAGAUCAGGGCACAAGUGGCCAAGCGCCUGGGCCGUGUCUUCUAUAUGGCCAGCUUCCCUGUGGCCCUGCCGCUGCAGCCACCAAGCCUGCAAGCACCUGAGCUCAGCCCAGGACAGCAACCCCUGUCCCCAGCAACCACCACCUCCCCAUAUGAAGGGACUCACCUGCCCACAAGCCAAGCCUCACCCAAGCAGGAGAAUGGGUCAGGGACCAUAGCUCUGCUCCCAGGGGCCCCAGAUCCUUCCCAGCUUCUCUAAUGAUCUAGCAGGCAACUGUAAUACUCCCUAAUACCCAGUGAAAUUGGCCACCCCACCCACAGGGUAUUUCCCUCUUUUAGAUGCAAAAACGCCAAGAGUAUUUUUAAAAGAAAAACAUACGGCUUAAGAAGAAAAUAAUGGAUUUACCUUCUAGGAGUAACUGCAGUGGUCUGCAGACAAACCAA